AGACGGUGGUUGUGACUGCCGCCUCUGUGUUACAUUAGUCGUUUUCCAUAGUUCAUGGCACAAAAUCCAAACCAAAAUUUACUGCUCCCGUCACAGCAAGUACAUACGUCAAUAGCGUAUGCGAAAAAAUAGCCAAGUGUAAACUAGAAUCUGAGUAGUGUUUUAAAGUAGUUUUUAUCAUCGUCCCGAGGGAUUCGCAGGCUCGUUAUACGCUGGUUUCAAAAUGACUACAGCUGCGAGGCCGACGUUCGAGCCAGCGCGCGGAGGUCAGGGACGCGGAGAGAAGGAUUUGAGCGCAAUUUCUAAACAAUACUCGAGCAGGGAUCUGCCGUCUCACACGAAAUUGAAAUACAGAGAGUACGGACAGGGAACAACAGAUGAGUUGAGAAGCCGUGAUUUCCGCAAAGAGUUGGAUGAACGUGAGCGGGAAAAAGAGAAGGCGUCGAACCGUCGCAUGAUUGAACCUGCAAAUCGUGAUGGUUCGGCUGUCGCAGCGAAAAGACAGAAAAUCGAUCAAGUACCAGCAGCUAGUUUGGAUGCCGACGAUCCAUUGGACGAAGACGAUUCCGAUUCUGACAGCGAUGAGGAUGACACAGUCGCAUUACUUGCUGAACUUCAGCGCAUAAAGAAAGAACGUGCCGCCGAUCAAGCCAAAAAAGAAAUAGAAAAGAGACAAGAGGAGGAGCGGAUACGCAUGGAAAACAUCCUUUCCGGUAACCCACUCCUUAAUUAUUCAGCUCAGCCUGGCCGUACAGACAUGAAAGUGAGAAGGAGGUGGGACGAUGAUGUGGUUUUCAAGAAUUGUGCACGCUCAGAACCUGAGAAAAAGCGGGAUGUGUUCAUAAAUGACUCGUUAAGAAGUGAAUUCCAUCGAAAGUUUAUGGAAAAGUAUGUGAAGUGAACGUUGUGUCUAGCUGAAGAAUUUGAAUUGAUGACAAUCUCGUAUUGUGUAAUAAACAAACUAGACUACA